AUGACAAACUGUUUUUCGCUUUUCCGAAGAAGAACGGGUAGUGGAUCGUCGAAAGGAUGCGAUGUGGAAGAUAACUUGAGCAGCAAGUCAAGCGUGAAUAGAGAAUACCUCAGUGCUUUCAGAACAAAAUCUUAUGUUGAAAUAUGUAACAAAGCUCAAGGACAUGGAAUUGAAAGCACGAGCACAAACGCGAGCACGAGAUCGCCACUCUCUACUUCUUGUUCCACUUCUUCUACUUUGCUAGAACCUCGAGAAGAAAUUGUUAGAAAUGUGAUUAAGAGUUUUAAGGUUCAUCAUCUUCUAGUGGAAUAUUUUGAAGCUAGCUUAGAAGCGUGUCUUUGUUGCGACAAAAUCCUUCAAGGUAUCCGUGAAACUCGAUUUGCUUAUGGAAUGUGCGCUAAUGCGUUUGUGGAGAAAGGCGACGAUGAGAAUGUUAUCUAUAAAGAGCUUGUUUCAUUUGUUAUUAACAACUCUUUGUGUUUGUCUAAUAAUGUUAUUAACUUUCGCGACAUUCAUGAAAAACAAGUGUUGCUUCUUGAUAGACUAAACGCGAAGAGAUUGAAACUAAGAAGAAGAACAACAAUAAAGAGGUUAUGCAAGAAAGUCGGAGGAAUCGGUUUAAUCGUUUCGCAAGCCGCUCUUUUGAUGGCUUUGUUAUUAGUUGCUUUCCAUAGCAUAAUUGGGUUGGCAGCUGCACCUUAUGUAAUGGGUGGAUUCUUUGGUUUGAUGAAGAAGAGAUUCAAAGGGGUUCAUGGAAAGUAUGGUUCUUGUGAAAAACUAUAUGAACAAAUAGAUGUAGCUGCAAAAGGGGUUUAUAUAAUGAUAAAUGAUUUGGGUACUAUGAGUAGAAUGGUUAAGAGGUUAGAGGAUGAAGUGGAACAUUGGAGAGAGGUUGCUGAUAUUUGUGUGAAGAAUUAUGGUAAUGGUAAUGGAAGAUGUGAAAUAUUGAAGAUGGUUGUGAGGGAAUUUUAUGAUUGUCAAACUAACUUUAUGGAUCAGUUGGAGGAGCUUGAAGAGCAUAUCUACUUGUGCUUUCUCACUGUUAAUAGAUCAAGAAGAUUGCUUAUGGAGAAGAUUACUGACAAGAAAUGUUCAAAAGAUUAA